AUGGCSGUCAGUGAUCUUCUUGCAGCUCUAAUGGGAUUCCCGCUUAUGAUAGUGUCUGCGAACUAUAACAAUCGAUGGUCGAUCAGUAGUAUUACAAGCAAUGCUCUUUGCAAGGUAGWUMCCUUCAUAGCAGAAUUGGGUUUUACUGCUUCRAUGAGUAGCUGUCUUUUUAUUGCCAUUGAUCGAUAUUACGCGGUAGCUCAGCCACUCAGAAAACCAUUMCAGAACAAGAUGAAGUACAUCAUCUCGGGUAUUUGGAUGUCAACCAUUGCACUCUCAUUGCCUUACUUGUACUUUARUGAGSYCAUCAUGGAAGGCAACAYAUUUCAUUGCACAGUAUCCUYRAAGAACUUGUUUUCUUAUAAAGUCUACAGAUAUCUCCACUUAGCUYUGARCACUGUUUCAGCAGUCCCGYUUAUCAUAAUCACUUAUGYUUUAACAGUGUACAAACUUUAUCGUCACAAGGCUCCCGGAGUGUCGAACUUAGCGCUGAAGAAAAGARUGCAGCAAAAUAGGAAAGUAUUGMAAAUGGUARYGACACUUGUGAUUUUGCUUUAUCUGUGCCAUGGUACAUGGAUGGUGUAUUUUAUUUUGCUUGUUGAAGGGAAAUUUGACAAUUAUUCUGCGUCAUUUCGCAACUAUGGCUAUGGAUCUGUUUUCUUGCUCUACAUGACUCUCGUGUACAAUUUCUUCAUCUACAUCAUCUUCAAUCACAUAUACCGUGAAAACGCUAAGAAUUUGAUAUGCAGAUGCUGUUGUAAAUUAAGGCAAACUAUUUUCAUGAGMAGGCCAUCAUUUCCGCAGUUACCUGUCAUAGAAUUGACAGAUAUGAUUUCUUCAUUGAAAUCAAUGUAA